GUGUAUAUUAGGGUGAGCUCAGUAUUGAAUCGCGAUAUUGGUAAUUAUGGUAAACAAAACUUGAUUGACGGUCAAGAAGAAACCUGUUGGAACUCAGAGCAGGGCCUUCCUCAAAAUAUCCUACUGGAUUUUCCUAAUCCCGUCUCUGUAAAAAGUGUUGUAUUUCAAUUCCAAGGUGGAUUUGUGGGUAAGAAAUGCGUCAUUGUAGGCAGCAAAGCCAGCUCACCCAACGAAUACAAUGUUGAUUUGGACAUCAUCUAUCCUGAAGAUAUCAAUUCAACUCAGACGUUUGAUCUCCCAACUACCACUGAACCACUCAAACGAGUCAAGAUUAUUUUUGAAGAAAGUACAGAUUUUUAUGGCCGUAUUACAGUCUACAAGCUGGAUGUGCUAGGUUAA